UAACCAUCUAGAUCUACUUCAGCAUUCUCAGUACAUAAUCAUCGGAGUUUUCCUUUGGCAAUGACGGGAGAUUGAUUGGUUAUCGUGGAGGAGAAAGUCCAGAGGCAGGAUUAUUUCCGGGCUGCCCGUUCCGAUGGCCAACUCACUCUCCGUCUUAUCCCCAUUAAAGACGACGAAAGAGGCGUCUCUGCCGCCGACUACGAUUGAGGAAGAGGACGGCGGGCUCGGGGAGAGGAGCGGUGUAAGCGGCGGCGAACGACGGCCGGUGAAAAUGGAGAAAGAGUUUCCGCCGCCGAUUCCCUGGUUAGCCCGUACUGAAAACCCCAGUAAUGCACCACUUAUACCACCAGAAGAAACCCCAUCUAAACCUACAUUAGUAAUCAAAUCAACACCGCUUUCAAUUCCAAUACAAUCGCUCAAGUCAAGGGCGGCGCCAUCCGCAAGCCUUCACCGGAUUGCCUGUGCCUUGCUCUUCUUCUUCUUUGGCUUACACCUCCAACGGUGCUGCUCACUUCCGUUUAAUUUGUUGACGGUGGUGGCGCUGGUCCUCAAGCCCCCGCCACAAAUUGGAAAUUGGGAAUUUUGACCAAUUUAGAACUAAAUUGAAAGAACGUUCUUCGGUUAGCAUCGGCUGGAAAAUCAAAAAGCAGCGGCGGCGGCGGCAUCGGACAACCUGAAUGACUGCCGAUUGAUG